AUUUGCGCGAAAAUGGAAACAGGGUAUAAUUCCCUGCGAAGAAUUGUUCCUUUUUUUCAUCAUUCCUCCAUUUAGGUCUUCCUUACAGAAGCUGUUCAACGGCAUCAACUCUUUCGUAUCCCAAUUAUUGAAAAGAAGUAAGAAUUCAAAAUCGAAUACCCAUCUUGCUCAAGUUCUCAGGAUAUCUUUUCCCUUAAAUUUGCAGAAAGGGAUUGUCUUUGGGUGGUGCCUUUCUUCCAUGACGACGUCUUUAAUCAUGGAGACGUUGUUCCAGCGUUCCUUAGAGGACAUGAUUAAAGGCAUCCGUCUGCAGGUGAUUGGGGAAUCCAAGUUCAUCGCCAAAGCCGUGGAAGAGAUCCGCCGGGAGAUCAAAUCCACAGACGUCCACACCAAGUCCAUUGCUCUUCAGAAGCUUACCUACCUAAAUUCCAUCCACGGUAUCGACAUUUCGUGGGCCUCCUUCCAUGUCGUGGAAGUUAUGAGCUCCACCCGAUUCGCCCAGAAGAAGAUUGGAUACCUCGCUGCGUCGCAAUCCUUCCAUGAAGACACUGAUGUCAUCCUGCUGAUAACCAACCAGCUCCGCAAGGACCUCACGAGCACCAACGAAUACGAGGUAGGCCUCGCUCUCGAAUGCUUAUCCGUUAUUGCCACGGCCGAUCUCGCUAGAGACUUGACUCCAGAAAUCUUUACGUUGCUUUCUAGUAGUAAGACUUUCGUUAAGAAGAAAUCCAUUUCUGUAAUUUUGAAGAUUUUUAGCAAGUACCCAGAUGCAGCGAGGAUCGUUUUUAAGCGUUUGGUGGGGAAUUUAGAAAAUUCCGAUCCUCAGGUAAUGUCUGCAGCCGUUGGAGUCUUUUGCGAGUUAGCCUCAAGGGACGCCGGAUCAUAUCUUCCACUUGCCCCGGACUUCUAUAAGAUUUUGGUUGAUUCCAAAAACAAUUGGGUGUUGAUCAAGGUGCUUAAGAUCUUCUGUAAACUGGCUCCUUUAGAACCGAGGUUAGCGAAUAGGGUUAUUGUUCCGAUUUGUGAGCUUAUGAGGAAAACUGGGGCGAAAUCGUUGAUGUUUGAGUGUAUUCGUACUGUGGUCACCAGCUUUACUGAACAUGAAUCUGCAGUCAAACUUGCAGUUGAGAAGAUCCUUGAAUUUUUGGUAAAUGAUGAUCCGAAUCUUAAAUAUCUUGGCUUGCGGGCGCUUUCAAUUCUUGGACCUAGGCUUAUAUGGCCGGUGUUGGAGAACAAGGAAGUGGUGAUAAAGUGUCUGAGCGAUGCUGAUCCAAAUAUUAAAGUUGAGUCCUUAAAACUUGUCAUGGGAAUGGUUUCUGAAAGUAAUGUAGCUGAAAUCUCCCGGGUUUUGGUAAAUUAUGCACUUAAAUCUGAUCCUGAAUUUGCUAAUGAGAUUCUUGGGUCCGUUCUGUCAACUUGUAGUAGAAAUCUUUAUGAAAUUAUUGUUGAUUUUGAUUGGUAUUUGUCACUGCUUGGGGAAAUAUCAAGGAACCCAUAUUGCCAACAGGGAGAAGAGAUUGCAUACCAGCUUGUUGAUAUUGGUCUUAGGGUUAGGGAUGUUAGACCAGAGCUUGUCCGUGUUGGACGCGAUCUUUUGAUUGAUCCUGCAUUGCUUGGUAACCCAUUCUUGCAUAGGAUAUUAUCUGCGUCUGCUUGGGUGUCAGGAGAGUAUGUUGAGUUCUCGAAGAACCCAUUUGAACUCAUGGAAGCACUGUUACAGCCACGCACCAGCCUUUUGCCUCCAUUAAUAAGAGCUGUGUAUAUCCAAUCUGCAUUUAAGGUUCUAAUUUUCUGUCUUCAUUCUUACCUCAGGCUGAGUGGAGUUAUUGCUUCAUCAGCUGAUGAUUUAGCUGCAGGGAUAUCUGAUCUGGCAUCUGAAAGGGAGUGCCCACAAGGGUCUGAUUUAGCAAAAUGUGAGGCAGCUGCAGCCUGUGAACAGGAUGAAAGGUUUUUCCCAAUCGGUUCAAACAGGGCAGUGAAUGAUAUUGCUGUGCAAGAUGGAGGAGAAAGAAUUCUUUCUCAUGAAGCACCUUCGAUUUCUGUGGAGAAAAGAUCUUUCACACAUGAAUCUAUUUGUUACCUUUUAAAUUUGGUCAACAUGGCUUUGGGCCCACUGUUAGGAAGUGAUGAAGUGGAAGUGCAGGAGAGAGCAAGGAACAUACGGGGGCUGGUUGAGCUAGUGCAACAAGAAUUGCCUAAUUGUGUUCCUAUAAAAGAAGGCAGUGUUGAGAUGGAAGAACCCAAGGCUUCCGUAAUGAUCAAACUGAUACAUGAUGCGUUCUCCAAAGAGCUUGGUCCAGUCUCAGUGAAUGCUCAGGAAAGAGUUCAAAUACCUGAUGGGCUUAUGCUGAAGGAGAAUCUUUCUGAUUUGGAUACUAUUUGUGGUGAUAUUCUUGUCCCUGAGUCAAGUUCAUUUUCCCUUGGAAGUAAUCGAAGAGGAGACAGGGAUGGUAGUUCCUUCUUUGACCAGCAAAUAAAAGAAGAAUCUGAACUAUCAACUGAAUCUACAUCUCUGCUUGCACAACACCGUAAGCGACAUGGAUUGUACUAUCUUCCGGCAGAGAAAAAUGAUAUCAGAUCCAAUGAUUUCCCACUUGUGAAUGAACCUCAGUCUGCAGGUUGUUCCAUUGAUGGUGUUGAUGAUCUUGUGAAGCUUACGGAGCAAACAGUGGUAUCAAAGAAGAAGCCAAAUGCAAAGCCACGACCUGUGGUGGUAAAAUUGGAUGAUGGAGAUGAAAUUCCUGCUUCUCUAAUGCAACCAAUAAAUUCUAAAGACAAUUUGCUCUCUGGUGCUGUUCGAGAAAUUCUUCUAGGUGAUGAACCCAUUCCAACGACUAUGCGAAGUAACCCUUCUGAGAAAUCAUCUGGGAAGAGAAGGGUGAAGGAAGUGUCUUUAAAUAGUGAACAUGCUUCUCUGUUGAAACAAAAUGCAGGUGAUGUGGGAAACCUCAGUCAUGGAACCUCAAGUUCUAGAAGAAGCAAAAAUCGUAGUCAUGGUAAAGAGAGACAUAGAAGUCCUAAAAGGAAUGACGUGGGAAAGGAAGAAAACAGUCAGAAAGCCAAACAGAAGAGUGGUCAUCGUCAUGGUAGACACAAAACUCGGGAAAGGGGAGAUGGGUCAAGUAUGGUUGCACAAACCCCUGUGAUACCAGAUUUCCUCUUGUAAAAUUAGAA